AUGCUAUGAGGUAGAAUAAAAAUAUUUCAUGUACACACAUACAGCCGGGACAGUUUUACGAGGGUGGAGUCUAGACCAGAGAUCCUAAGACCCUACAGAAGUCGGGUGAAACUCCCGUUAAACUUUAAAUAAUCAGCGGUGGAGCGGACUCUGAACCACCUCACAGGUUUUAUCUGGACACACCCUAGAAAUGUGUGAGACCAAAUAAUCACACACACUCUAGCAGAAACCAACUAGCUGUUGACCCGCACCGCACUCGGACUCUAGCCUAUUUCACUCCAACUUCUGUUAUUUUGGUCCUCCCUUACGGCUCGGUACUCCUGUGUAGCCUAUUUAUCCCGCCGUCGAUGUGCCAUGGCCCUGGGCGUAUUAUUCUACUGCGUGAGCCUACUCGUGGUGUCUGUUGAGUGCUGUGUCCCAAAAUCCAUCCAAGCCCAGGUCCCAGUUGAGAUCAAGCCUGGCUAUAUCAUCUCUCAAGUGCCGGUGGUGCAGUGUCAAAUAAAGGGACGUCAGGUGACCUCCAGUGAUGGUCACUUUGCCGUACAGAGUGAUGGCACUAUAGUUGCGGUGGGUGACACCACGGUCACUGCACAGGGGAAGACCUUCUUGUUAAGGGGGGAGGACAAGUCAGGGCGACGCUGGAGGAUGGAGGUCCAUCUGUCCCCUGAGCCCGAUCAGGGGAGAAUUCAAGUACCCUGGAGAAACAGGUUUGCACAGACGGGGGUCGAAAGGGCUCCUUCUAAAAUUCUGAGGCGCACUAAAAGGAGAUGGAGUCCCCUCCCAUUUAGCAUUAGAGAAGAGGACGUCCCUCCAUUUCCUAAAGAUGUUGAACUGGUGGGCUCAGAUUCGUCAGUGAAUUUCACCGUUUUCUAUGAGAUCAGAGGUCAGGGGGUGACUAUGGUCCCGUUGAACCUGUUCUCUGUGAACCGUGACUCAGGUAUGGUGCGUGUGCACUACCGCGUCGACCGGGAACAGUACCCCAAGUUCGUGUUCCAAGCCCAUGUGUUUGACAGACGGUCAGGGAUUGAGACAGAUCUUCCGCUUGACAUCACUGUGCUGGUGGAGGAUAUCAAUGACAAUGCACCCACCUUCUCUGGACCUCUUAACUUCUCUGUGUUUGAACAUUGUAGAGAUGGUACUCAAAUAGGGGAGGUGAUGUCUACGGACAGGGAUCAGGAGAAUACCCUCCACACAAAGGUCAGAUACAGUCUGCUGAGUGGUGGUGAGUUCUUCACUAUCGGGCCUAACAAUGGGCAGAUCUUAGCCAAGAGCAGCAGCCUGGACAGAGAGACACAGGUUAUACACCCUGUUAUCGUGGAGAUCCGGGACAUGGAUGGGGCUCCGAAAGGCCUUUUUAACACGGCUACAGCAAUGAUUACACUAAAGGACAUCAAUGACAACCCUCCCACCUUCAGACAGACAAGUUACAAGACCACAGUACAGGAGAACAAAGCGGAUGUGCUCAUCCUCAGGAUUCCUGUGGAUGACAAGGAUGAAGAGAAGACUCCAAACUGGAAUGCCAAGUUUGUCAUCAACCAGGGUAAUGAGAACGGGAAUUUCCGGAUAGAUACAGAUCACAAAACCAACGAGGGGCUGCUUUAUGUCAUUAAGCCUCUGGACUAUGAGAGAGCACAUGCAGUGAAGCUGAUGAUUUCUGCCCAGAACGAGGCACCUUUGGUGGACCCGAAAGCGACCUGGCUUUCUGUUCCUGUGGAUGUCAAUGUGGUAGAUGUGGAUGAGGGACCAGAGUUCACCACUCCUAACUUGGUGAUCAGGGUCAAAGAGAACACCCCCAAUGGGACCCUUCUCUCUACCUACACGGCCCUGGACCCAGAGACCAAUAGCAACAAGGGGAUCAAAUACUACACAGUGUCUGACCCUGGCUCAUGGAUCAGUGUUGGUGAGACUACUGGAGAACUAAGAGUGGCUAACACCAUCGACCGGGAGUCUCCUCUAGUUACCAAUGGAGCAUACACCAUCAAAGUCAAAGCUGUGGAUAGCAGUCAGAAGACUGGGAAUGGCACGGUAACUCUGUUAAUUGAGGACGUCAACGACAACGUCCCAAAGAUUGUCCCGGGGACCGACAUGAGCUUGUGCGAGGGGGACAAGGGGCACAUGGGCUCCGUUGUCAUAAAAGCAGAGGACUCUGACCUGUCACCUUACUCUGCCCCCUUCCACUUUACGCUGCCUGAAGGGAAUGAUGGGAAAUGGAGGCUGACAAAUAUUAAGAAUGAGUCUGCUGUGUUGCAGCAGGUGGUGGACAUGAGCCGGGGUGUGUAUCAGGUCCCCGUACGUGUGACUGAUCUGCAGGACAAGGGCGGGGUGCAGGUGCUGAAUGUCAGGGUGUGUGGCUGCGUGGCUGGGGAGUGUGUGGCCGCGAGGAGCUCCUCCUCCGUGGGCAUCUGGGGCGUCCUCGCCAUGCUGCUGGCCUUCCUCCUGCUCCUCCUGCUCUGUCUGUUGUUUGUGUUUUACUGCACUACUAAGGCAGAUAAAAUCUACUUGGAUGAUUCCAGUGGUGGCAUGCUGCUGAAAUCGAACACAGAGGCUCCCGGAGAGGAAGUGAAAUCUGCCAACCUGCAGAUGUUCUCUGACACAGUGGACAGCUCUUUGAAGUCCCCGGGGCUCAUGGGGAUGAUGGACCAAAGUAAGGGUGUGUCUUCCGCUCCGGGCCAACUGUUCAGUCAGAACUCAGUCACUCUUCGGGAAAGCAUGUAUCAGACCAAAAAUAGGCAAGAUUUCUACGCCGCACAGAACGGGGCCAGCGACUUCUACGCAAACAACACCUUAAUGAAACAGUCCCAGGCUUCCUCCACUCUCUCUGCCCUGCACACCUGGAAGACCAACGGACUCUACCUGGACAAGAAGGUGGGCUAUCUGGUCGGAGUGUCAGAGGAGCGUUACGCGGGUGACACAGUCCGGGCCUACGGGUACGAGGGUGAAGGGUCACCAGCUGGUUCAGUGGGGUGCUGCAGUGACUUUGGUGACCAGGACAAUCUGGAUUUCCUGGAUUCACUUGGGUCAAAGUUCAAAACACUGGCCAACAUCUGCACUGAAAAAAAAUAGAAGUUGCGAUGGUGAAAUGAGCUGCUUCAUAACAAUGGAAACAUUACAGGGACAAUCACUGAGAGUGAGGGAUGUCGAAAACUAAGAGAAUCAGUCUUUAAGACUGGUCAAAGAUCUGUUGUUUUGCUUUGGACAAGAACGAUAUGUCCAUUAUUUUCUCUCUCCUCAGCCUACUGGAUAGCCUAAAUGGCAUAACUAUAGAAAAGCUAAAAAGGGAGCCUCUGAUGUGUCGUUUGUUAUGCUAUGCUUUAACACCAGGGGGCGUAUGUCCAUUAUCUUUCUUCAUUUGAGUAUGUGUGUGUGUAUGUGUGUGUGUGUGUGUGUGUUCGUGUCUGUCUGUCUUAUUGUACGUGUGUAUCUCUGCUGUGUGAUAGAGAUCAUAUUGUCAUUGUUUUCAUUGCUGAACAUGUAAUCUUUGAGUCAACUGGUUUCUGUGGUAGACAAGAUAAUGCUUCAUAAUUGCCACUGCUUGUCAAGGGCUUUCACUAUCUUGUUUUUUUAUAAUGAGAGCAGAUAUUAACAAAAAAUGAGUGUUUUGUUUUAUAUAUUUGUGCUUGUAGCGUUGCAGAUUAUUUUUCUACUGUAUACAUUAAAACACCUUGGUUCUUUACUGUUUGUUUAUAUUUUGAAACAUGGAGUAGAGGGAAAGAGGUGUGUUCAGCGAACUGAGAAAAUAGAGGAAAUAAAACGCUUAAGAACUGUUAUUGCUCUUUCUAACACAGUAUGGAUUUGUAAUGAGGUUGUCCAAUGAUGUGUGUUAGUGUGUGUGUGUCUGUGAUCCUGGUUUUACAAUACAUGCUGGGAAGAGAAGUUUAUCUGUUUGUGUAAGCUUCUCUGAAAUGGAGCAAUUGGGAUAUUAUGGAGAUUGAAAUGAUUCAUUUUUUAUACAGUAAUUGCAUUAUUUGCCAUUAAUGGUAAAUGUAGAAUGUUUUUUAGAUGUUAUUUCUUUUAGUAAUUUUUGUUGGAACAUGUCUUAAUUAAUUCAUCCAAAUGAAAGUCAACCAAUUGAGGAAUCAAUUCAAUCAAGGCUGCAAUGCAACACUUACAUAUCUGGUAGUACAACUUCUACCAGACUGGACUUGGCUCCUGUAAAAAAAUACUACUACUUCGAGACUGGUCUUGGCUCCUGUAAAAAAAGGCAACUACUACCAGACUGGUCUUGGCUCCUGUAAAAAAAGACAACUACUACCAGACUGGUCUUGGCUCCUGUAAAAAAAAAAAUACACCUACUACCAGACUGGUAUAAAGACACUGAGUAAACAUUGCUACCAGAUUUGAAUGAAUUCCAACAUUAGACCUUGUAUUCAUUCUUUUUCGUUUUUACGGUACAAGUUGUGUUUUGUGUCUGAUAAUUUUGUUUUGCAGUAAACAGUUGUGAAAUGGUU